AUGGGGGACAGCAAGUACCUGCACCCUGUGGCCCUAAUCUGGAGCCAGGGGCCAGAGAAACUGAAAAAGCUGAAGAAUAAACUGCAACUGUAUUUUGGGAGUAAAAGCAAAUCAGACGGAGGAGAGUGUGAGAUCCGAGACAGCGACUGCAUCCCGGGGUACAUCACCAUAUACUUCAAGGAGGAGAAAGCACGAGAUCGGGUUCUGCAGAGGAAGGAUCAUGAACUGAAAUUACCAGAUGGAACGACAUUACAGCUGGAAGUCCGAUUACCGGAAGACACACAGAGUACAACGACCUCCCCACCCCCACAGGACAAGCCUGAGGUAAGUUGUCAAGGAUCACCCUGGAAACCAACUCCAGAGAAAGAAGAGGUGUCACCCAGCCACUCGUCCCCUCUGGUUCUGAUUGAGAACAUCCAGGACAGACACACUCCUCAGAUGUUAAAGCUCCUGGUGGAGAAUAUCAGCCGCAGAUCCAUGGACACGGACUUCUACAUAGAGAGGAUUCCGGAGAUCCAAUCUGCCGUCAUCACCUUCACAUGUGAUAUAGAUAUUGCAGAUUUCAUUGAAAAAUUCUCCGGUAGCCCAAGAGUAAAACAGCAUAAACUAACAGCAAGGAGUCUGGAAGAAACCAGAAGUGUCCGAGUGGAGGGGAUCCCCCCCAAUACCCCGGAGGACAUGGUCACACUUUACUUCGAGAGCGCAAGGAAUGGAGGAGGGAGUGUAGAAGAUGUGGAGAUGUUAUCGGAUGAAAGAGCCGCGCUGGUCACAUUUCACAGGCAGGAGUUCUGAGGACGGUGAUGACAAAGCAGCAUGUGCUAAACAAAAAGCAAUAUCCGUGUAUCCAUAUUACCCAUCCAUUGGUCAUUGCUUGUAUGGGAAGGAAGGCCCUCAUAUGGAAAUACCUGAUUCAGUAGAAAUCCCCAUCAGCCCACAUAUACUGGCAUUUAUUUUGAAGGAUGAACAGAUAAAACUAAAAGUUGAAAAAGAAAUGUCCGAUGUUUACUGUGAUAUCACUUGGCCAAAUGUAGACCACCCCACUCCUGUCAUCAAACUGUCUUUACCCAGAAACCUCUCCAGUCAUCUCCGAACCUUGGCAAAGAUAGUUCCAUCAUGGAGUGAUAACGUCCACAAAAAGUUUAAAUCUUUUAUUUCUAAGUAUAAGGCUGCAGAGUGUGACCUGAAGCCACCAGUGUGGGAAGCCAUCAAAGAAAAGAUGUCUAGCUCAUCAUAUGAUGGAGUCCUCAUAAAACCCGACUUAGUUGCAGAGAAGGCUUUCAUUGUGGGUAUUUUAGAAGAUGUUACAAAGAUUGAGCCAAUGUUCAGAAAACUGGUAGAAGAAA